AUGACAACCGAACUGAUGUCCCUGGUUCAAGGAAAGGAUGAGCCUCUGAGGGAGUUCAUCACCAGAUUUAACAAGGAGGCAACAACUAUUCCAAAUAUGAGCCAGGAAGUAGCACUAAUAGCAAUGCAGAGUGGCCUACUGCCAGGGUCAACAUUCAGAGCAUAUAUAGGGCGUAGAAGCCUCAAAACGCUCGCUGAAGCGCUGGGUAAAGCGCAUGAGUUUAUUAAAGCAGACGAGACUGACAGAGCAAUGCUGGGUAGGAAAGCAACAGGUGACUCGGUUAAGCGGGCAGAGGUCACCCGGGCAGAGAACACACCCAGGGUGGACCAGCCAAGCAGAGUUGAGCAAAACCGCAGAGAAGCGGACAGGGCAGUGGGACUGAGAAGCGUAAAUAAGGCUGAUGAUAAGUGGAAAAGGCCUCCAAGGAUGGUAAACAGGAGUCGUGAUACCAGUAAGUGGUGUGACUUUCACGAGGACUAUGGCCAUACCACUGAAGAAUGCACGCACUUGAAGGACAACAUAGAGGACUUGGUCAGGAGAGGAUACCUGAGUCAAUUUAAGCAGCGUGGUGAGCCUCCCAGUAGAAGGGAGGAGGAUAGAGCGGGCCGAGCUGACCGUAGAGGAGGUCAGAGGGACCCACCUGGAGACAAGGAUAGAGAUGGCAAGCCAGAGGGCAGGGUGUACGUGACCAGCGGGGGUCCGGUACAUGGGGGGACAGUUAAUAGAGCGCGGGCUGACCUGUGGGCGAUGAUACAUCAAAUAAACAACAAUGAUAAGCAUAGAUGGCCGCCUCUUCCCCCGCAGCCGCGAGCCACGUUCGACGAGUAUGACCAGAAGGGCAUAAUUUACCCUCAUGAUGACCCGCUGGUGGUGACAAUGAGAAUUGCAAACUGGGAGGUGGAUAGAAUACUGAUAGACGGAGGCAGCUCAGCCAACAUCAUAUACAUCAGUGCGUUCAAUGAGCUAAAGUUGGACAGAAAAGACCUGAAGAGGGUAAACUACGAGGUCACCGGGUUUAAUGGCUCGGGGCUUACCCUAGAAGGCAUAAUCGAACUCUCAGUCCGGGUAGGAGAGAGGUCAAAAAGACGUGAUGUUCGAGCAGAAUUUCUCGUCAUAAACUCCCCUUCACCCUACAAUGUAAUCAUGUGA